AUGAGCUGCCUCCCUUACCCCAAGCAUGUGAUCAAAACCAUUAAGUCUAUUUGCAGGACUUUCUUGUGGACAGGUAGCGAGGUGAAAUCGAGAAAAUCCCCAAUUGCGUGGAAGAGUGUCUGUAAACCUCGGCAGAAGGGCGGUCUGGAUGUGUUGGACUUAUCAUAUUGGAACACGGCUUGUUUAACAAAACUGUUGUGGAACCUUUGCAACAAGAAGGAUACUCUUUGGGUGAAAUGGAUCCACGCAUUUUAUUUCAAAACUACAGAUAUUAUGCAGGUCCAGGAAAAACAGGGUAUGUCGUGGAUUCUAAAAGCUAUUCUUAGACACAGAUUCAUCAUUAUUGGCAUGGAAGAUUGGUAUGAAAUGAAGGAGAAAUACUUUGUGGGUAAAGUGUACCAGUUCCUAAAGAAGGAUGAUCCUGAUGUUGGAUGGAAACACAUGUUAUCCAACAUUAUUGCUAGACCGAGAGUCCUUUUUACUAUGUGGAUGGCUUGCCACCGUAGACUUACGAUAAGGGGACGACUCAAAAGACUUGGCCUUAUGACCGACGACAAGUGUAAUUUCUGCGACAAGGAGGAAACAAUUGACCACCUUUUAUUUGAUUGUCCACCAUUUAAAACCUGUUGGCAACAAAUCCUGGUGUGGUUGGGGUUUCAACAUUUCCCGUGUGAAUGGCGUGAGGAACUUGAGUGGUUAAUCACGCAUUGCAAAGGUAAAGGUUGGAGGAAGUGCAUUUUGCGUAGUGCUGUAGCGGAAACCAUCCAUGAAGUUUGGAGGUAUCAUAACAAUGCGGUCUUUGGAAAUACGGUGAAUGUUUUGGAUAUUAGAGAUUUAGUCAUUUCUACCCUUGUGAAUAUAGGGUGGGUGAAUACUAGAAUGAGACAUCAUAUAGCUCAAUUACUUAUAGAGUAG